GGUCAUGAAGGCUGUAUUUUCUCGAGGCAUUUUGGAGGUGGUUGUGGCCCUGACUCUGGUGUUGGGGUCGUCGGAUGGGUUCAAGAGAAAGUACGAGGACAGGUUUCUAGACUAUGGAAUUUACACGAUCAUGAACAGGGGGCUGGACAAGCAGUUGCUGACCUUCGUCCUCCCUACCAACGCCACCGAUGCUAACGGAGGAGGAGUCCCUUCCGCUGUCCCCCCAGAAAUGAGAUUUGCCGGAAGUGCUGAUGGGGGGCAGAAGUGGAGGUUGGAUGAAGCUGCACUCUACACUGCAUUUGAGCUCCGACCAACGCUCAACGAAAACUAUGUACUGGAGUACAUUCCAGAAACUAGGAUUCUGCGCUGGUUAUCUGGAUGGGGGAACACCAAGUUGUGGUAUCUGCUAGAUGCAGGGGACAAUUUUAGUUGGAUUAAACAUAAGCGAUAUGAUGUCUGCUUGCAUGCAACCGACAACAAACCAGUCAUUGCUAAAGAAUGUGACGGUAGCAUCUUUCAACAAUGGAAAUUCCUGACGGGAAAAGAAUCAGCCUAACUUUUACUUACCCAUUUAAUAAAUUAUUAGAUAAAUAAAAUCAUGUUAAUUUCGUUUUUUAUACGAAUAAAUUAAUAUACGAUACAACAAA